AUGAGCACCGUCGAGCACCCGGCGCUUGUCGCCGAUGGGAAAGUGGCCAGUGCGCAAGUGGUUGAAGAAACGGCCGUCACCAUCAAGGAAGAAGAGAAGCCCGAGAAGACAGUCCGGCCUCCUAUCUCAAACUACUGGCGAAUACUGUCUUUCCGUUCGAAAAGAGAUGGAUUUGCCCUUUGCCUCAGCUGCCUGUGUGCUAUUGGAGCUGGCACGGCCCUUCCACUUAUGAACAUCGUCUUUGGGGACCUUGUCAAGGAUUUCAGUGGCUAUUUCUUACCAGGUUCCACCGUGACCGAAAGCAGAUUCAAAUCAACCGUCAACCAGAACUCGCUAUAUCUUGUCUAUCUAUUCCUCGGCAAGUUUGUGCUGACAUAUAUCUCGACGUUCUGUUUUCGGAUCACUGGACUACGGAUUUCUGCCAGGUUGCGCCUUUUCUACCUUCAGUCGCUCUUCGCCCAGCCCAUCAAGAAGCUCGACGAAGUAUCCUCCGGCACGGUCGCCAACACCAUCACGGCUUCGUCCAACAUCAUCCAAAUAAGUAUCUCGGACAAGCUCCAUUCGCUGUUCAUGGCUGUGGCUUUGAUCAUCACCGCCUACGUCAUCGCCUUUCGGUACUCGCCUCUUCUCACUCUUGUUGCGAGUUCCUCGAUGCUUUUUAUCGUCAUCGUGUACAGCAUAACCACCCCGUUCUUGCUCAAGAGAAUGGCCCAGGUCGAGAAGGCCAAUGCAAAGGCUGCUUCGAUCGCCGGCGAAGUCUUUAGUUCAAUCCGUGCCGUCUUCGCCCUGGGUGCAGAGAAGAGCCUGACCAAGAAGUACGACGCCGCCGUUCAAGAGUCACAAAGAUAUGGACUGGCCAUGUCUCCGCUGUAUGGCACCCAGGUGGCGCCAGGCUUUUUCGCCAUGUACUCGACGUUUGCGCUGUCCUUCUGGUUCGGCCUCAAGCAGUAUCGGGACGGGCAUAUUGCCAACAUCGGCACAGUCGUCACGGUAUUCUUCUCGGUUCUGAUUGUUAUGGCUCUCUUGGGCGUCCUAGCAACCCCAAUCAUUGCCAUCACGAAAGCUAUCGGCGCCUCGACCGAGUUCUUUUCAAUGAUCGAUGCCCCAAAGGUCUCGUAUGAGGGCGUUACUGACCCUGACGUGUCGUCACAUGAUGACAUCGAGUUCAACAACGUCAACUUUGCCUAUCCCAGUCGUCCCAAGGUCCAGGUCCUGAAAGGAUUCAAUGCGCGGUUCAGGAAAGGCAAGACCACAGCGCUGGUAGGCCCUUCAGGAUCGGGAAAGAGUACUAUUGUGGCGUUGCUGGAGCGCUGGUACGAGCUGGACGGGAAUGAUCCUGACAAGGACGAGGCCACAUCAACCACAGAGAAACCCGACAAUGAGCAGGAGCGACCGCCCGAAAAUCAAGGUUUGGUCUCGAUUGGCGGCCGCGAUAUCAGGGACACCAAACUGAAGUGGUGGCGGUCACAAAUCGGCCUGGUGCAGCAAGAACCAUUCUUGUUCAACGACACCAUCUUCAGGAACGUCGCAUGCGGCCUAAAUGGGACGCCGUGGGAAAAGGAUGCCGACGCCGCGAAGCAGAAACGGGUCGAGAAGGCCUGUCAGGAAGCCUUUGCGGACGAAUUCAUCCGCCAACUCCCCGACGGCUAUCAAACGCGAGUCGGCGAGAGUGGCAUCAAACUGAGCGGCGGGCAACGGCAGCGUCUGGCCAUCGCUCGCAGCAUCAUCCGCGAACCCUCCAUCUUGAUCCUGGACGAGGCCACGAGUUCGAUUGACGUUCGCGGAGAGCGCAUCGUCCAGAAGGCCCUGGACCAGGUAUCCCGCAACCGGACAACCAUCGUUAUCGCCCACCGCCUCUCCACCAUCCGCAAGGCCGACAACAUCAUCGUCAUGCGCGACGGACGGAAGAUGGAGGAGGGCACCCACGCCAGCCUCCUCGCCAUCGCUGAUGGCGUCUACGCCGGCCUCGUGCACGCGCAGCAGCUCGAGGCCGAGACAGCCCCCCAAACGAAUGAGAGCAUCGAGGCAUCUGAGCUGGAACAACUGGAGAGACGAGACACCGGCGUCUCGGCCAAGCAACACGAAGAGACUGCGACCAAGUACAAGGACCGGGGCUUCAUCAUGUCCGUCGGCCGGAUCUUGUACGAACAGCAACAGUACUCGAUGUUCUAUGUUUUGAUUGUGCUGGCAGCAAUGGCUGCGGGCUCGGCCUUCUCGCUGCAAAGCUGGAUCUUUGCUCAGCUAAUGGAAGUCUUUACCUUCACGGGUCAAAGGCUGAAGGAACGAGGCGACUUUUGGUCCCUGAUGUUCUUCGUCCUCGCUCUGGGGAUGGCGGCGGCGUAUUUCAUCCUUGGGUUCCUCUCGAACCAUAUCUCCGUGCUUGUAUCGUCCGUCUAUCGGCGCGAACACUUUUCGAAUCUCCUUCGUAACCCCAUCUCCUAUUACGACACCGAAGGCAACUCUUCAGGCUCGCUGAUGGCCCGUUUGGCCACAGACUUCAAACUGCUCAGCGAAUUGCUCGGCCUGAACGGCGCGUUCCCGCUGAUCUCCUUGUUCAACAUGACCGGAUGCAUCAUCAUCUCCUUCUACUUUGGGUGGAAGUUGACCCUGGUGACCUUUUUCUCGGCCAUGCCCGUCGUCAUCUUCGCCGCAUUUAUCCGCGUCAAGUACGAGAUUCAAUUCGAGGAGUGGAACGCAAAGGUCUUUGCCCACAGCUCGCAAUUUGCGACGGAAGCGGUCGGCGCCUUCCGGACCGUCACGUCGUUGACCAUGGAGGACUCGAUCAUCCAGAAAUACUCGGAUCUCCUGCAGGAGCAGAUUCGGGACGCGACGCGACGAGCGACACAUGGCUGUCUGAUCUUUGCCCUCUCGGACAGCGUCGAACUCUGCGCCAUGGCCCUGACUUUCUGGUACGGAGGACAGCUUCUGGCCCGCCACGAGUACAACAUCAUUCAGUUCUUCCUCAUCUACUCGGCGAUCGUGCAAGGUGCACAAGGGGCCGGCCAAUUCCUGAGUCUCUCCCCAAAUAUUGCUCGGGCCACCGCGGCAGCCAACCGCAUUCUGGGGUCGCGAUGUAUCGUCGGCGACGAAGAUGCGAAUUUGAACGGCGUGGGCACGCCGCUUCCGCCAAGUGAAAAGCGGACGGGCGCCAAAGUCGAGUUCAAGGACGUCGUCUUCAAGUAUCCCACCCGAGAUAGCCCCAUCUACCGCAACCUCAACCUGUCGAUCGAGAGCGGUCAGUUCGUGGCCUUUGUCGGUCCUUCGGGAUGCGGCAAGACCACGGUGAUCUCGCUGCUGGAGCGGUUCUACAACCCCGUAUCGGGGACAAUCACCUUCAACGACCGGAACCUGAAGGACAUUGAAAUGCCCUCGUACCGGCGCGCGCUGUCGCUCGUCGCGCAGGAACCGAAGCUCUUUGACGGCACGAUCCGCGAGAACUUGGUCCUCGGCCUGGACGAUGACGAAGAUGAUAAUGAGGACGGAAAAGGUGUCACGGAAGAAGACAUCGUCCGCGCCUGCAAAGACGCCGAGAUCCACGACUUCAUCCUCUCCCUCCCCGACGGCUUCGACACCCCGCUGGGCAUCAACACGCAGACGUCGCUCAGCGGCGGCCAGAAGCAGCGCCUGUGUCUGGCGCGGGCGCUGCUACGCAACCCGUCCCUGCUGCUUCUCGACGAAGCCACGUCCAGCCUGGAUUCGCAGUCGGAGAAGCUCGUGCAGGGCGCCAUCGAGCGCCUGGUGGUGCAGCGGAGCAUGACAGUCGUCGCGGUGGCGCACCGGCUGGCGACGAUUCAAAAGGCAGAUGUCAUCUUCGUGUUUGGCGAGAGCGAGGCCGGCAGGGGCUCGAGGAUCUUGGAGCGCGGCACGCACAAGGAGCUGUUGAGCCGGCGCGGCGCGUAUUGGCAGAUGUGCGAAGAACAAGCCCUCGAUCGAUAA